AUGAAUCUGAGACUUACGGCGUUCGUUACCGUUUUCAUGGGUAACGGCAUAUUUGUGCUGCCAGGUUGUGGGCACCGCAACUCACCGAAUGUCAUUCGGGCAGCGAACGAUGAAGUUGGCACUGUUGAAACAAGCAACUCGUUUCUGAACAAGCUCUAUGAGAUCACAGAUCGCUCGGUGAAGAGCAACAUGUACAGCGUACUGACUGACUGCCCUCACCGUGAGAAGCUCGGCUGGUUGGAGCAAGCCCAUCUGCUUUUUGACCUGCUCGCCCGACGCUUCGACCUCCAGGCUUACGGCUGCAGCCUGAUGCACACUAUCGCUGACGCGCAAGCUCAGUACGGCGCCAACUCGGAAGGACUGAUCCCAACCACUGCACCUGAGUACGAUGUGUUUCCCGAUAAGUUUCGCGACGACCCCAAAUGGGGCUCAGCCAUCAUGCGGGUUGCGAUGCACUUAUAUCGAUAA